UUUUUUUUGAGCCUGGUGGCACACUUGUCCCCGCCCCGUUAUAAAGGGGACGAGCAUCCAUCCAUCCACUGUGGCGGCUCCUAACGUAUGCACGGUGCCUUAGAGUCGCUCCCCAGUGGUCGCUUCACUGCUCAUUCUAGUUCCGUCACAGCGUGCAUAGUCUUUUUUUCCGUGUAUCUUUGUUUCCCUUUUGACUGCGAGGCAGCAUAAUUAUUUAUCAAACAUGCACGUUUUGGUUAAGUGGAUUGACGAAGAAUCCUGGGAUGUUUACCCAAUACGCGAUCUAGCCGACGCGGCCAUCUGUUUUCGGCUCGUCACUCAAGAGAACGCCAUAGAAACACUUCGCGGGAGCAUGGUCGCCAUCAAGUGGAACGCUGAUUCCCCCCCAGCGGAGGCGCAGCUGCUCGAUUUCGGCGGAGCCAAGCUCAUGGAGCGCAAGAGAAGCCAGCUGGUCAAAGAGGCCCAGAAAGGAUUUGGAGGUGGACAGGCGGCACCCGUGCAGAAGAAGAGAAGGUUGGAGGGUGCAUGUGACUGCGAGGCAUCAAGAAAGGUUGCUGAACUGGAGGUCCAGGUACAGGAGCUCACAGAAAAACUUGAAGCUGCCACUAACAAACAAGAGUCGUGCACCCUCUUGGGAAAUGCGAAGGAGUUAGUGGAGAAGUUGGACGGAAUGUUGCAGGCACCGAGGGCCACCGCAGUGGUGCAGGCUGAGAGAGUUGACAUAGGAGGCGGUGUGCAUGUAGAAAAGGUAGUACUCUCGCGGCUGCAUGCACACUGCCAUAAUCUACCGACGAAGUUUGCCCGUGGCCUGCUGAAGCACGUAUUCACAGAGGACGAGCUCCGGGGAAAGUCCCUGUACGGCAGAGGCUCGAAUGCCCACAAGGGUGCCCCAGCAAAGGAGGGACUGGACCGCGUACGGUUGGAAGCUGUGAUCGGGUACACGUGCAGCAAGUUUACAACGAGCACUCUUCACUUAAAAAAUAGCCUUUCGUCGAUGCUCAGCAGGGAAAUUAAAUGAAGGGGAAAUAUGAC